UGUAGUGAAUUUCCUUUGGGAGGGGAUAAGAAAACGGGCAAAUAUUGGCUGUAGCUAAUUAAUUAGAAGGUAUUGAACAGGUUAUUCCAAAAAAAAAAACAGGAGUACAUGCAUUACACAUUACAAAGUAAUGUGGUGAGGGUGCUAUGACUAGGGGUUGUUGCCUAGAGUGAGGCAAAAAUGAUGAAAGUGUUUUGACUGAGGACCAAGGACAGCUAAGGGUAAUCACUUUGGAUGAACACAAAGCGGUGAUUUGUCAGUGUCGAACUGAAAGGAAAGCAUUAGCAACAGCAGUGAGACGGCAUCAUAACAGCAUAAAUCGGUGAAAAUGUGGAAUUCCGCCAGCUUUCAGACGGCGAGUAUAGAGAGGCGCCGCAAGAACGAAAAGGAAAGAAAAGUCCGUAUUUUUAACGAAAAAGUAAGAACUAUCGGGAUCGACAAGGAAGGCCUCGACAAGCAGCUGGAUGAGAAAAAGAGUUUGAAAGAUGCGGAAAAACUGGAACAAGCGACCUACGACGCCCAAAUGCUGCAUAAUAGUAAACAAGCGUACCUUCUCCAGAUGAAGGAAGAGAAGGAGAAACACGACAAGGAGAAGACCAACUUUCAGGAUCAGUAUGAGCAGGCAAUACGGGAGCGGGAGUUGAGUCGGGAUAACUCCCAAGGAGAAGUGGAACAGAUGAUGCCUCCGGGUUUGGCGGGCGAGGACCCGGAUUAUGACAGCAGAGUGUGUCGGCAGAGAGAGCAGCUCAGGGAGUGGCUGCUCCAGCAACAGAAGGAGCAAGCCUUGGAACAAGAACGACAAAAGAUGGAAAAGUUGGACGAUGACAAGUUCAGAGUACACGUGGACAGCGUGGCCGUGCAGCUGGAAAACGCCGAGACGGAGAGGAGGAAGAACAAAGCCAUUGAGAUGACCAAGUUCAACCAGAGCAUGGCUGAAGAGAGGCAGCGCAAGGAGAGGGAAGUCAAGGACAACCCUCUGCAAGGUCUGCAACCAACCAAGGUGGGCGUGCCCGGGCUUUUCCACGUACGCGACAGGAGGCCAAACCCUGAGAGCUGGCAGCAGAUGAAGAAGUUCUGGAACCUUCAAGUUGAAGAGAAAAUGAUGUCAGAUUUAGAAGAAGUUAACGAGACGCGGCAACACGACGACUUCUGCUCCAACGUGACCCGUGCAGCUCUGAUCCUUGAGAGGCAGCAGGAGCGUCAGAGGAAGCAGCUCCGACAACAGCUGGACCACAGCAACAGCACCGCCGCCGAAUUUGAGAGACGCAACAGACCCGACAUUGAAAGAGGACGCAUCGAUGAGACUUUUUUCUCAUAUUUCAACACCUGCAGUCGGUAAAACACGACUCCAGUAGAGUUGGGGCCAGCAUUGGUAUCAGCUUCCAGAGCUGUGGAUGUGCUUUAAGUGGCUGCUAAACUGUGGAAUGGAUCUCAGGCAUCAAGUUGUCAGGAUAAAGCAGGCUAAAAAAUGUAUUGGAUCUCCAUUCAGUUUGAAAAAACACCUGCUCGCCGAGAAAAACGUACAUCAAAUCCAUGAAAAAUAUAUUCCUCCAAACAUUCAUCAUCCACUCAGGUUCAGUCUGAGGUUGUUUCCGCCUGGCACAGGUGUUUGACUUGUCUUCUGUCAAUAACAAUAUUUUUGGAGAAUAAAAAGUGGAGGGGACAAACAACUGCCUUUUAAAAAAGUGCAGGGGAAAAUAUUGUUGAAUCUCAAUAAAAAAACAAAAAACAACGAAUUGUUUCCGCCUGGUACAGGUGUUUGACUUGUCUUCUUUCAAUAACAAUAUUUUUUGAGAAUAAAAAGUGGAGGGGACAAAAACUGCCUUUUAAAAAAGUGGAGGGGAAAAUAUUGUUGAAUCUCAAUAAAAAAACA